AUGGAUCGGUCCGAGGCUAUUGCUAUGGACGUAGAUGGCGAUGAUACAGAUUACGAAUAUGAGUAUGAUCCAAUUGAAACAGAGACAGCUUAUAUCAACCUCGAGCUAUCCUCAGUUAACGGGCCCAUACGACCCCCGAGAAAGCGAUCAUCUACUUCGACUCCAACCCACUCUCCAAUUGACCCUUCCAUGACACCUUCGCUUGACGGUGAUGGAGGGCAAGAUCACAACGACCAAGAGCAAGAGUCGCAAAGCCGAAUCCAGAUAAUGGACCUUCACUCCCCUAAUCCGAUAAUUUCAUAUGGUAACCAGAUUUUCAGCUGUUCCUGGGCCGACAUGAUUGGGACGGAGUUGAUGUUCACUCGCUCAUCCGAGAGACAGCCAAGCUCAACUCCUCCGCUCUGGAGAAAUGAAGAGGACAGCAGCGAGCUCUUGUGCGCCAACCGAGUGAGGAUUGUGGGCCAAAAGGCCAAUCUAAUAUCCAGCUCGGGCGGUCAGAGCCAAAGCGUGUUUGGGGAGGACUUGGGCGAUGCAUCCAGGAUUGCAAUGAGCAACCAGGCACGAUUCCUGACGCGGCUGGCGAAGGCGAAACAUUCCAGGGGCGAAACCGAUGCUGUCAGGACUGUGUUUCCGUUAAAAAAGAGCCAAAUUCAGGAAGAGAAAAUUGCAGGGUGGAAUAGGGUUGAAGCGGCUGUCGCGGAGGCUGAGAGGUUGAAUAAGUUGGCCCUGGAGGGUGAUGGGGAUGCAAUGCGUGCAUUGCAGCAGAUGUAUGCCGAGCGGAGCGGCAGCGGCCAGGUUUCCAACCAGGGUAGUCGUGGGUCUGGGGUGCAGGCGGGAUCUACAACGCCUACGGCUAGCGAACCUGCAGGCUCCUGA